AUUUUGCAUUCAGUGAAAGAAAAAACACCAUAAACCUGUCAGAGGUGAAGUUGGCCAGCAUUUCGCAGUGUUUAUAGUUCCCUUAAUAUUGGUCACUGUAAAUAAGGACGGCCACUGUUGUAAUAUCACACACAUAAACACAAUCCGUGAAGCGUCUCCAUCACGUCCUUUUUUUUUGGCGCGCCGUUGAAAAACAAACUAUAGAAUUCAGUAAAGCUCGCAAAAUAAUGGACUCAACAUCGAACAAUGCGUCCCGGAAUCAGAGCCAGCGCAAAUCAAAUCAAAAUAUUCAGGUCUAUGUAAGAGUUAGGCCUCUAAAUGCACGCGAAAGAUGCAUACGCUCGGCUGAAGUUGUGGACGUGGUGGCACCUCGUGAAAUUGUCACACGCCAUACGCUCGACUCAAAGCUGACCAAGAAAUUUACUUUUGAUCGCAGUUUUGGGCAAGAGUCUCGCCAAUGUGAAGUGUACUCUACAGUCGUGGCUCCGCUCAUCGAAGAAGUGCUGGCCGGAUAUAAUUGCACGGUGUUUGCCUAUGGACAGACUGGCACCGGUAAAACGCACACUAUGGUGGGCAAUGAGUGCGUCGAGCUAAAAUCAUCCUGGGAGGACGAUUCGGAAAUUGGCAUUAUACCGCGCGCUCUCAGCCAUUUAUUCGACGAGCUGCGUAUGAUGGAGGUCGAGUAUACAAUGCGCAUCUCCUACCUCGAACUUUAUAACGAGGAAUUGUGCGAUCUGCUUUCGACGGACGACACCACCAAGAUACGUAUCUUUGAUGAUAGCACAAAAAAAGGUUCGGUAAUAAUACAGGGCCUGGAAGAGAUACCUGUGCAUAGCAAGGACGAUGUGUACAAGUUGCUGGAGAAGGGCAAGGAGCGCCGUAAAACAGCCACCACGUUGAUGAAUGCUCAGUCUUCGCGCUCGCACACUGUUUUCUCGAUUGUGGUGCACAUCCGCGAGAAUGGCAUUGAAGGCGAGGAUAUGCUCAAGAUUGGCAAGCUGAAUCUUGUAGAUUUGGCUGGCAGUGAAAACGUAUCCAAGGCCGGCAAUGAGAAGGGAAUACGUGUGCGGGAGACGGUGAACAUUAAUCAGAGUUUGUUAACUCUCGGGCGUGUGAUCACCGCCCUGGUGGAUCGUGCUCCACAUGUACCUUAUCGCGAAUCCAAGCUGACGCGUCUUCUUCAGGAGUCGCUGGGCGGUCGAACGAAGACAUCGAUUAUAGCUACUAUCUCACCAGGCCACAAGGAUAUCGAGGAGACGCUGAGCACGCUUGAGUAUGCGCAUCGCGCCAAAAAUAUACAAAACAAGCCAGAAGUCAAUCAAAAACUCACCAAGAAGACUGUACUAAAGGAGUAUACCGAGGAGAUCGACAAACUGAAACGUGACCUAAUGGCGGCACGCGAUAAAAAUGGCAUAUAUCUGGCCGAGGAAACCUAUUGUGAGAUGACUCUUAAGAUGGAGUCGCAGAAUCGCGAGCUCAACGAGAAAGUGCUGCUCAUUAAAGCACUCAGGGACGAGUUGCAAAACAAGGCAAAUAUAUUCAAUGAGAUUAGCUUAAAUCUGGUGAAGAAGACCGAAGAUCUUCAGCGCACCGAGAAAAACUUAAGCCAAACCAAGGGGUCAUUACAGCUGACCAAAAAGGUUCUUAACAAGACGAAGCGUCGCUACAAGGAGAAGAAAGUUUUGGUUGCUUCACACAUGAAAACUGAAACGGAGCUGUCAACACAGGCCAGCCAAAUACUGGAAGCUGCAGAUAUGGCCGCCAACGACACCCAGCAGCUGCACAAUACUAUUGAACGUCGACAGCUUGUGGAUGAGAAUAUUCGCAGCGCCUGUGAUCAGUUCACAGAGCGUAUGCUGGACAAGUUUGAUGUGUUGGAUUGCGAACUCAUCAAAUACCAGGAGCAACAAGCAGAUUCGACGAAAAUGCUGGGCGAUGAGCUUGACGCCUGCACAAUUGUGCACAAGCGUUUGUUGGCCGAUGCCACACAAAAUAUCGAGAAUAUACGCAGCAUAUGUAAUACUGCUUUCGAAGCGACUGGGCAGCAGCACGAUGAGUUCGUAAGCUUAAUCGCGAGCCAAGGCGAUGCUCAUUGCCAAGCAAUAGUGGCUCAGAUCCUGGAGCAUUUGAAAGCACGCGAGGAGCGAUUGCAGCAAACAAUUCUAGAUCAUCUGCACGAGCUGACGAGCAACAGCAAACAACAAAGAGUCGCAGUUGAAAACAUGCGUGACAGUUUUACGAAAGUAAUAGAGCGAAGUGCAAACUCGCUGGAUGAGCAUAUCCAGCGGAUGCAGCAGCAGCUGGCACAGUUGGCCACAAUGGGAGCACAGGAUGCUCGAGAGCUGCAGCAGAUGCAGGCCGAAGUGGCCAACGAACAGGCACUGGCCCAGCAGGAACAGUCUAUUGUAGAAGACUUUAUGCGCCAAAUGGAUCAAAUCAAAGAAUUGCGGCACAAGAACACUACAAGCCUGGGCAAACGCAUAGAGCAGCUUGAAAGCAGUAAUGCAGCGGCCUCAGCGCAGACUCAGCAAAAUAUUGCAACCAUAUGCGCUUUUGCAAAAUCCGAAGUUGAGCUUAAUCAACAAGCGACUGCCGAGUUCUCUCAACAUGCAGCUUCGGUCCAACUUUGCGUUGAUGAAGCCGAAAGCCAUCGUGGAGCGUUGCAUGAACAGGUGGAUCAAUUAAUAAAGGAUGGUACUGAACAAGCUGAGCAAAGCAAAUCACUUGCAAAGGCGCACAGUUUAAGCAUUCACGAAAAUUGUGCUGCUAGUAGCGAACAGGCGAAGCGCUUGCGUCUGGAUCAGCAGCAACAACUGCAGCUGGCAAGCGAACAGCUACAGCGCCCCAUCACUGAGGACAUACAGGCGGUGCGCAGCCAAACAGCAAUGGCUGCCGAAAUUGUUAGUGCGCUGAGAAAACAAUCUGUCAACUAUGCUUCGAUACAGAAAGAACAGACACUGGACUGCCGCAAGGAGUUGCUUAACUUCCAGCAGAGCGAGCUGAAAACUUAUGCGCCCACAGGCACUACACCAUCGAAGCGCAACUUCAUUUAUCCACGUACGUUAGCCGCUACAUCACCGCAUCAAGAGAUUGUGCGACGUUUCCGACAGGAGCAAGAUUGGUCGGACUUGGACACUACUGCCACUAUUGAUGAGUGCAGUGAAGGCGAGGAUGAGGCGUUGCAUUCGGUUCAGGAGCUAUCUGAAACGGAGACCAUCAUGAACUCAACGCCCAUCGAAGUGCCUGAUGGCGUCAAUAUGAAACGAGGCAGCAGCAGUUCCCGCAGCUCCAAUACGCUGAAACAACCACGUGCCCAGCAACGUAGCAGCUCGUUGUCCGGUUCUCUGACACCGUACAAGCAAUCGCCGGUCAAUUCGCCGGCCCGUGCUCGCGGAAACAAAGAGAAUGUCGCCUGAAGCACUAGCCGUCUUAAUGUUAGGCAUUAUUGAGCACCCCAAUCAUGGAUGCUCGUUAGAGCAGUCAGGUUUAUUUUACCUGAUUCCGUUCCUUCGUAUGUAAUAAAAUAUUUAAUAUUAUAAUUCGCACAUUUUCUUUAAACCGACGUCGCAUUUCUGUAUCACACAUUCGUUUCUUGUGUUAAUAAAUUUCUCUGUAUGUUUGUACGUAAUAUAAGAAAGCGUUGUUAACUUUAUUUAAGACGAG